UCGCUUCGAAAACAGAGGACGGUUACGUCCUCUGCGCUCGCUCUCCGCCACGUCCCCCUCGAGAACCGACACGUGGCAACCGUAAAACCCUCCUCGCUCCCUCCCUCCCUCUCUCUCUCCUCUGACGCAUCUCUAUCUGCAUGUCCGCUCGCCUCACUACAAAUUUUGAUCCCAACUCGGCGCCAGACACAGUGUGCGUGCAAACAUGGAAGCCGAGGACCUGUUGGCUUCGGCGGGCAUCAACAUAGUUCUGUCACUGGUGGUGCUGUGGCUCUUCUCCGUCCUGAAGAAGCAGCCCUCCAACGCCGGCAUUUACUACGCUCGCCGCCUUUCUCUCGGCCAACGCGUCUCCUCCGACCCCUCCUCAACUCGCCACCGCUUCCUCCCGUCCCUCUCCUGGAUCUCCCGCGCCAUUCACGUCUCCGACGACCAAAUCCUCGACACUGCCGGCCUCGACGCUCUCACCCUCAUCAGGCUCUUCAAAUUCGGCAUCAAUUUCUUUUCAAUAUGCUCUCUUGUUGGAUUGGUGAUACUCCUCCCUCUGAACUAUACCGCUGAUGAUGCACAAUCUAAGAGUUCCCAUUCCAUGGAUUCUUUUACAAUAUCAAAUGUUAAUACAGGUUCCAACAGGCUUUGGGUACACUUUUCCUGCUUAUGGUUUAUAUCUUGUUAUGGAUUGUACCUGUUAUAUAAGGAAUAUAAUAAUAUAUUGACGAAAAGGAUUCAGCAACUGUGCAACAACAGGCAUCAACCUGACCAAUUCACUGUUCUAGUUCGAGAAAUACCUCUGUGUGAAGAACAUAAGGCCCGUGGUUGUUGUGUUGAACACUUUUUCUCUAAGCACCAUCAGUAUGCAUAUCGGUCUUAUCAAAUUCUAUAUGAUGGAAAGGAUUUUGAGGACCUGUCGAAAGAGGCAAAAAGCAUUGCAAGAAAGAUUGAGGACUUGAGAUGCCGUUCAUUGACUAAGAAAAGGAAGAGAAAAAACUCCCUCUCUGUUGCAUUUCAAGAAGAUGGAAAAAUAAGAAAAUAUGAGGAAAGGCUUGAAGAACUUUGUCAUAAGAUAUGCCAUUUACAGUGCAAAAGAAUGCUUGAAGAGAAGGAGUUGCCUGUUGCUUUUGUCACAUUCAGAACCCGAUGUGGUGCUGUGCUAGCUGCAGAAUCUCAACAACACUCAAAUCCACUUUUAUGGAUCACCGAAAUGGCCCCAGAACCAAGGGAUGUAUUAUGGAAGAAUUUGGCAAUCCCAUAUAGGCAUUUGCCACUCUAUAAAAUUGGAGUUUAUGCUGUAGUUUCACUUCUCACAAUAUUUUUUGCCAUCCCUGUGACUGCAAUUCAAGGAGUAGCAAAAUUUGAAAGAUUGAGGAAAUGGUUUCCUCCAGCAAUGGCAGUACAUGUAAUACCAGGUUUGGGGCCUGUCAUUAUAGGGUAUCUUCCAAGUGCCGUCCUCAGUGGAUUUAUAUACAUCAUCCCAUUCGCCAUGCUUGCAAUGGCUAGAAUAGCAGGUUAUGCAUCAAGGAGUAAAAAGGAGAUGAAGGCUUGUGACAUGGUGUUUUAUUUUCUAGUCGGAAAUGUGUUCUUCUUAAGUUUGCUAUCUGGUUCUUUGCUUGAUCAAAUUGGAAAAUCUUUCACUCAUCCAGGGGAUUUUCCUAGCCGCCUUGCAAGGGCUGUCUCAUCCCAGGCAGAUUUCUUUAUGACAUACAUCUUGACAAAUGGACUCGCAGGAUUUUCCCUGGAGAUUCUCCAGCCUGGAUUGCUUAUUUGGGAUGCUAUAAAACUGCGUACAUGGGGCCGUGGAAAGGACGCAAAUCUUUACCUGUAUUCUAUGCCCUACUGCAGAGUCAUCCCUUUUGUGUCUCUCUCGAUACUAAUUGGUACUACAUAUGCGGUUGUGGCACCAUUGCUUCUCCCAUUUCUGAUUGGCUACUUCUUUCUAGGCUACAUCGUGUUUAUCAACCAGAUUCAUGAUGUGUACGAUACUAUUUACGAGACUUGUGGUCAGUAUUGGCCAUACAUACAUCACUAUAUUUUUCUUGCAAUAGUUUUGACACAGAUCACUAUGAUUGGUCUAUUUGGACUGAAGUCGAAGCCCUCUGCCUCAUUUGCUACAAUUCCACUACUCAUUUUCACUCUAAUGUUCAAUGAGUAUUGCAAGAUUCGUUUCCUUCCUACAUUUUCCCAUUAUUCAGUCAAGGACGCAAUGAGAAAUGAUGAACUUGAUGAGAUGUGCGGUUCAAUGGAAUCCAACUACCAGAAUGCACUGGAUGCAUAUUGCCCUCCUUGCCUGCGGCAAGUGAAUUUCUCAGCGGAAGGAUCAAGCUCGACACAGCCACUAAUAUCUUGACACAUGAUCCACCAAUCCUCUCUCCUGUUCUCUUUUUGUUUGGGACAUCCUCUCACGAGAGUUCCUCGCCGAUGUUUCCUCUGUUUUGUUCUUUUAGUCAUUCAAUUCAUUGUUGUAUCUUCCUGUUAUCUCCAAAUGACAAACGGCUGCGAGCUGCCACUUGUUGGAAAAUAAAAUAUGUAUGCUUGAUGGGUCCGUCCAGGCUACUUCAUGAAGCAAGGAACUUGCAUUCUAUAUACAGUACAGUAGAGUUGAUCACAAUGGUUCGUGUGAAGCCAUCUGCAGCUGGCCACUGCUUAAUUUAGAGUUUUUGGUGGGAUUUCUGUUGCUCAAGAGAGCUUCCAAACUGAUCCUUAUUGGUGACUUGUUUUGAACAUAAUUUACUGCUGGAGGCUUGACAGAGUUAUUUGUUUUCUAUUUCAGUUUUGGUUUUCAUCUUAUAUAUAUAUUGUCCAUGAGGAUCAAUCAAUCUGCGUGCGUAAGUGUGGCUUCUAAUUCUUGUUCUCCCUUUGCAGAUUUGGCAAAAGAAAGUGGAAAGAAAUGCUUUAU